AGGAGGGCUUUGGAUCUUAUCUCUUUUAACAACUCUAAAAGUACCCGAUGACAUUAGGCCAUUAGCUACAGAGAGCAUCCACACAUAUCUACUUCCUCAUGGAAGCGUCCUCUACAACGCCCACACCACCGCCCUUUCAGUUUCAGCCCGAUACUGAGAAAAUAAAGCAAUACCUUCUCAAGAGGGGUGUCUACCCGAUCCCCAAAUUCGUUCGCAAUAUCUCCAAGAAACAAAUCCAAAAGUAUAAUCGCACGCUUAGAAAACGACCCUCCCAAACGCAGUCUUCAAUCCUCACCCAGUCCCAGAAACAAGCCCUCCCUGAUGAGACCCAUUUCAGAAAUCUGAAGCGUGAGUAUAGGCGCUUCACUAGAACAAUAAGUCCGGAGGGCGGGAGCACUUACCUUGUUGGAAGCCCUUGGGUGAGGAUUGAGAGAUUGAGGUCUAGAGAGAUUGCGAGCGAGACCAUGGAGUUCAAUGGGGAGAAGCUGAAGAAGGAGAAUCUCAAGGAGUUGAGGGAGAUGUUCGAAGAAGAUUUAAGAUGGGUUUUGGAUGAUGAUAUGGAGAUGUUGGAGGGUAUUGAUUGCUAUUACAGUAAUGAGACGUGGGACUCGGUGAGACUGGGGCGGCGGCAACGUAGUGAGGCAGAGAGGAUUCGAUUUCUUGUUGACAGGUUGAGCCAGCUGAAGGUGACUGCGAGGGACUGGAAGUUGGUGAGGAUGAUGAAGCAGUCCGAGUUGAGGUUCAGUGAGGACCAGUUGCUUAAGAUUUUGGAGGGACUUGGGGAGAAGAAUAAGUGGCAACAAGCUUUAGCCGUUGUGGAAAGGGUUUAUGAGAAGAAAAGGGAAUAUAGAAGCAGGUUUGUUUACACAAAACUAUUGGCGGUUCUUGGUAAGGCAAGGAGGCCCCAUGAAGCCCUCAGCAUCUUUAACCUGAUGCGUGGAGACUGCAACAUUUAUCCUGAUAUGGCUGCAUAUCACAGCAUUGCUGUCACGCUUGGUCAGGCUGGUCUUCUGAAAGAACUGGUUGAUGCAAUUGAAACCAUGAAGCAGAGACCUAAAAGAAUAAGAAAUAUGUGUCUCAGAAACUGGGAUCCAGUCCUGGAACCAGAUGUAGUAGUCUUUAAUGCAGUAUUGAAUGCUUGUGUUUCAUCCCAUCAGUGGAAGGGGGUAUCUUGGGUUUUUCAGCAGUUGAGAAAGAGUGGUCUGAAACCUGAUGGAGCAACAUACGGACUAGCAAUGGAGGUGAUGCUGCAAUCUGGAAAGUAUGACCUUGUCCAUGAGUACUUCAGGAAAAUGACGAAAAAAGGAGAAGCUCCAAAAGCCGUUACUUACAAAGUUCUUGUCAGAGCUUUUUGGGAGGAAGGCAAAGUCAAUGAAGCCGUGGAAGCAGUGAGAGAGAUGGAAGAAAGAGGGGUGGUUGGAACUGCAGGUGUAUAUUAUGAGCUAGCUUGCUGCCUUUGCUACAGUGGAAGGUGGCAAGUUGCUAUAAAAGAGGUUGAGAAGAUUAAAAAACUUCCUCAUAGUAGACCUUUGGUGGUUGCCUACACUGGCAUGAUACACUCUUCGAUGGAUGGAGGAUAUGUUGAUCAUUGCAUUUCUAUUUUUGAGCACAUGAAAGACCAUUGUGCCCCUAACAUUGGUACCAUAAAUGCGAUGCUGAAAGUAUAUGGACGGAAUGAUAUGUUUUCCGAAGCUAAGGCGUUGUUUGAGGAAAUCAAGUGUGCCAGUGAUGGCGCUAAUACCUUAAUACCUGAUGAUUGCACAUACACACAAAUGCUUGAGGCAUCAGCUAGUGCGGCUCAAUGGGAAUACUUUGACUAUGUGUACAGGGAGAUGGCUCUCUCUGGAUAUCAGUUGGGUCAGAGUAAAUAUGCAAGACUACUUGUGGAAGCAACUAGAGCCGGCAAGUGGCAUCUUCUGGAGCACGCAUUUGAUACAAUUCUGGAAGAUGGUGAAAUUCCCAAUCAAUUGCUCUUUACCAAAAUGGUAAUUCAAGCUGUAGCUCAACAUAACUAUGAGAAAGCCAUCUCCUUGGUUGGCGCUAUGGCGCAUGCCCCAUAUCAACUCAGUGAAAUGCAGUGGACAGACAUUCUUGAGGGGAGCAGAAACAUAAUUGGUCCAGAUGGCUUUGUGAAAUUGUUGGAUGCUCUUUUAGAUUGCGAUGCACAGUCAGAAAUGACUGUCGUAAAUUUGUUGAGAUCAUUACAAAAGCUUUGUGCAUCUGACACACCAAUGGACUUGUCGAGUUCCCCUGCCUAUGAUGCUGAAGACGGUGAUGAAUCAUCCUUGGACUUCAAAAAUGGUUGUAUCAAUGAUGAUGAUGAUCGAAGAGUAUAUGUGCCGAAUGCUUCUCUAAAUGUGAUGGGCGGAAAGCAUGAUUGUGGCAGAGAAGGAAGAACUACCCAAUGCACGAACGCAAAAGCUUGUGUUGAUGAUGUUGCAUCCAGUGAAUCCCAUAAAGGUUCAGAUGGGGAGCCAUCUGUGUCCAUCGCAAAUGGGUACGUGGAAAAUGAUGAUGAGAUAGAAAUCGAUUCACAUAUAACCCAGUUUGAUGAUUCUCAAAUAUUCAGCUUGCCUUCAGCAAACCAGAUACUGGAUGCUUGGAAGGAAAGCCGGAAACAGGAUGGACUCUUUCCCUUUCGACUUGGCCAAAAGUGACUGCUACUAAUUGCUAGCUAAGACCACCUGUCUGUAGCAUAAUCGGAUUACCUUCUAUUUAUUGAUUGGGCACUAUCAGUCAUAAGUUCGUUUGGUGGGCCAUUAUUUGAAUCAACAUUUCCUCAUUUGAAUCUUUGCUUUGGUAGGAAGGCAGUAUUUUGAUUAUAUAUUGAUUAUAUUAUCUAAAAUUGGAAGAUUUCAGGCCUUCCUGUGGCGACUUCUGCACAAUUUUCCUACUCGCGACUGUAUCCUUCAUUUGGGAUGAAGGAGGGUCGUUGGAUUUGUUGGUAGAUUAUCAUCGUGCGGUUGUUUUAGGCGCUGCCGUUAUGUUGUCGUUAGCGUUGUGUAUACUCCUUUGCUGUUUGCUGUGUUAACGUCGUUUUCCAUUCGUCUUCCUGCAAAGACAAUUCAACCAGUUGUUGCUUUACCCUCUUCAAGAUUUUUCUAGAACCUGAGCUGGCAACUAUAGUUCAUGCACCUGCUGGCUGCUGAUGCCAGGGUGCUCACCUCAUCAGUUUCGUGGUCUUCCUUCAUAAGCUUACUCACAUCCACAAUUUCGUUGUCUUUGUCCUUAUCAUCAGGUUUGUGGUGAACUUCCUAAUUUGAUUCUCUGUAUGUUAUGGGUGAUUGGCGGAUUUGGCUGUUGUUUUCUCUUAUUGAUUACGGUCAUUCAUAUACACUUGAACUUCUGAAUUGUUCAUGGUUGUUGUUCUCUGCUUCUGUGAUUGUUUCGCAUCUUUUUGGGUGUUUCGCAUCUUAUGAGUAAGUUUUAGAGAGAUGGCAUAUAUGGUGGAUAUAGUUUAAAUUUCUUUUUUCUCACUGACAAUAUGAUCCUCAUGCUGAAUAUUGUAUCUUUGAAUUCCCUUUAUUAAUGUUCGUAUUUUGUUCUUCAGGCAUAUGUAUAACAACUACAGAGCAGUCGACUGAAACUGGCCCAAUGAGUGGAAAUGGUAAGAACUUUUUUCCUCUCUUUUAUGCAACCCUCUCUCUCGGCCUCCUCUUCAUACAGUUGUUUUGUUAAAAAAUCAUUGAAGUAUAUUCUGAUGAAUUUAUGUUAAUGCUGUUGAAAGUUGAAAUAGGUCCUGAAAACCAAUGGUAUCAAUAAUUUUUGUUCUGUUGCA